GUUGGGUACACCGCUUGCCAUCACCUGUGGUGAUCCAGCUGCCAGCAGGAAUACUUCCAGGUUUGGUCACCACCUUUCACGACUGGCCUGAAAGGAUCGUGCAAAUGAUCUCUGUUCGUUGUCUGCGCUGCCUGUGAGCUCGUACGCAGAUAUAUCAGAGAAAGCUGCGCACUCUGUCAAGUAAAAAUGGCGGCGAGAAGCUUUACGAGCCUUUUGCGGCAGCUGAGCCAGUCUGGCUGCUGCCUUUCCCUCCAUCAUGGCCCAUCGUGCGCAGUUCGAGGUUUCGCAUCGACCUCGCAACGACAUGUCAUCACCAAAUUCGCUAUGCCGGCAAUGAGUCCGACAAUGACGGAGGGCGGAAUCGCAAACUGGAAAGUCAAAGAAGGAAGCAAAUUCAGUGCUGGAGAUGUCCUCUUGGAAAUAGAAACUGACAAGGCAACCAUGGAUGUCGAAGCACAAGAGGAUGGGGUGCUUGGGAAAAUCAUCAUCCAAAAUGGAGCCAAGGAUGUAAAAGUAGGCAAGACGAUCGCGCUGCUCGCCGAAGAAGGAGACGACAUUUCAAAUCUCGAAGCACCUGCAGAAGACUCCUCGCUGGCAGAAAUGCCGGUUUCGAAAGAUGAGCACGAUUCAACCGACCGGUCUUCAUCAUCAUCUUUAGCACAGUCGUCCUCUCAACCCACGCAACCCUCAGCACCCGCGUCAUCAUCUGCAUCGCAUGCCGCUCUGCAGAUCACUGGUCCUAUUUUCCCAUCGGUUGCGCGGCUGCUGGCAGAGAACCAUGUUUCCUCGAGCGAUGCGUUGAGCAUCAAGGGUACAGGUGUGCGUGGCAUGCUUACCAAAGGUGAUGUCCUCGCGUUCCUUGGCAAGGUCAACAGCCCUAAUGGAUCAUUCAAGCCUGCCAAAGCCGGUGUUGCCGCGCUGGGACCUGUACCUGGAUUCAGUGUAGGCUCUGUGGCUGCAAGCAAGCCAGCGGACAGCAAGCCGCUGAGCGCCGACGAUUUGCGGUCGCUCAUCCUUGGUGGCUUGGCAAGCGCUUCACACUCGGCGCGCGCCAAGCAGGCAUCAAGCAUUGCUGUUUGCCUUGUGUCCCAUGGUAAAAGCAGAGCUGGUGCCGGGUUUGACGCGCUGCUUGCUUCAUAUAGCUUUGGCAGCACAGCGUCGCAAAAGAAGGCUCCUGCCGUCCAAGGAGCGAAAAUGGACCCAUUCAAAGGCCUGCUUUGAGCGCUUGCUACACGAAUCCUAGCUAUAGAUAAUGU